AUGGUUAUAUCGAUAUUAAUUUCAGAAGAGAUAUUAGAUGAACACAAAGGUGAUAAAGGUGAAAAUUUACCAAAUACUACUAUUUUAGUCACUCCUUUAGAGAACGUAGGAAAGGAUAGCAGCGAUUCCACAAAUGAAAACUGGGAUUCUACCGGCUGGGAUUGCAUGGAGAAUUCAGAAAAUACUUCAUUUUCAUCCAAUAAUCCAUCAGUUGGAAAACUAUCAAUGACUACAUUACCAGUAGAUGCAGAAGAUGGUUGGGACACCUCCGAAUGGGGUUGUAUUGAAGAUGAACCUGAAAUCGAUAAAAAAAGUGAUGACAAUUUGAAUAAUUGGUCUUCAGGAAAAUGGACUGAGGGGGAUUCUGACCGAACAGAAAAACAUUCUUCUGAUGAUAUAAUUGAAGACAAUUCCAAUAUUAGUGAAAAAAGAAAGUUACAAAAACAACGCAAACCUGCUUGUAAGAAAGAAAUAAGGGGUCCUUUAAAGCUUGGACAAAAAAUUCAAUAAAGUUUGACAAAAUUUAUUUUAAAUUGAAAGUAAUAUAUACAAUAUAAGUGUAAAUGGUCGUAUUUUAUGCAAUCAAAUAAGGAAAAAAACACAUAGAGCAUAUAAAUCAGUUCUGUUCAUGAUGUUAUGAAAUAUCUAUAUUUUUGAAAUUUAAAUACAAUAAAUUGCUAAAAGAUGGUACUAAAUAAAACUGUACGAUUUGUCAUAAGCAAUAUAAUAAAGGAAAUAUCAAUGCAAAGCAAAAAUAAUACUGGAUGGUGCAGUAUUAUUAUUUCGAAUCCUGAAUUCUGCAAUAAAACCCACUGAAAGAUUCUGAAAGAUAUUUAAAGAAUUGAGAUAUAAUAGAUAUUGGUGGAAUAAUAAUUUGAGAUAUUUCAAUAAUUUAACCGCU